AUGGCAACGGCGAAAGGAUUCAUUGCAUCAGCGAUCAAUUUAAAUACCGAUUUACAAGAAUCACUCAUAUGUUCGAUCCAUCGUGGUCUUCUUUCACAUCCAAUGAUUUUACCUUGCAAAGCUAAACAUCGUCUUUGUAAAGAAUGUAUGGAAAAUUUAAUUGGCACAGAAAAACGAAUUACUUGUCCAGAAGAUCGAGAAUCACAUCCAGUACCAGCCAAUUGGACUACUGAAUGGUUUGAUCGCGUCCUAAAUGAUGUUACUUCGUUGCUGCAGGUAAAUGAGCGAGAUGUGAAUCAGAAAAUCAUCAAAUUCGUAGAAAAAUCCUAUUCACUGUUUGGUCCACAGCAAGAGCAUCUACGUAUAAAAUCGGUUGAAUUAGUUUCGAAUGUUAAGUUGAAAGACGCAUUCGAGAAGUUUAAACAUACCAUUGGUAAACCGGGAGUCGUAACGUUACUACACGGUACGACACGAAAGGCUGCUCUUUCAAUUUGUGGACAAGGGUUUCGUAUUCCUGUAAGUUUCGAUCGAGAUCCAACCAAUCCCAACGAAGGUGAAUUGAAAUUUGGCAAAGCAAUUUAUUUCGCAGAGGCAAAAAAGGCAACUGAAUACGGGAAAAAUACGCUUGUUCUCGCUGACUGUAUCCUUGGUAAUGUUCAAGAAAAAAAUGAAUCAGAACUUAAAUUGACACCAGAAAUAAUGCAACUACGUGGUUAUAACUCGAUUCAUUAUUUCAAUGCCGAAGAAGGUCUUGUCAAUCAAGAAUGGGCUGUGUAUAAAACUGAACAAUGCUAUCCACUUUGCAUAAUAGACUACGAGUUUCUAGAUCAAAACAGUGCAUCUGAACAGGAACUUGUGGAGAAGAUCAACAAAAUGAAUCACGAAACUCCUGAUUGGGCUAUUCUUCAUAAAGCAUUGAAUGGUACGGACAAUCAAUGUAAAGAGGCACUGAGAUUUAUUGGAGAUGCUGGCAGGAAAGGUUCAUCACAAGCCAGCAGAUUGAUGUAUCUUCUUUUACAGUCUUUGACUAAAGAACAAGUUAACUCCCUAUUGAAACGCCCAAAUGAAACGAUUCGUAUUUUAUUUCUACGUGCACUCUGGCAAACCGGUAGACGUGAUCACAAUAUUCAAUCUUACAUACACGACGCUUUGGAUUGGCCAUUACUUUGCGAAUCAUUACAUUCAAGUUAUGCUGAUGUUUCAUGGCGCGCUUGUGGUGUUAUAACCAACAUAGCGAGUAUGGUAGCUCAUGUUCGUCCUCUACUUGUUUCAUCGGACGUAUUGAAUAAAUUAAUGUCUUUACUCAAACGAGCCGUUCAAUUUACAGACAAAAUUUGCAUAUUAACUGUUCUCAAUCUUCUAUCGAAUAUUGCUGUUACAGAACAUGAUGUCAUGAAACAAAAAAGAGAUAUUCUCGACUAUAUCAAUGGUCAUUUACUUGAUCAUCCAGAUGAAGAAAUAGAAGAAGCUGGAAAUCGACUCUUUUGUAAUAUUAUCGCCAAAGGUACAGUGGUUCCUGGUUGGCAACAAAAAGGUUAUAAGAGUGCAGUGAUGGCACCAACUAUUCAAUAG